AUGGCAACACAUGGUUAUGCAGCUCCUGAGCAUAUAGCCACAGGUGAUUGUACCGCGAAAUGUGAUGUGUAUGGUUUCGGAGUUGUUCUGCUUGAAACGCUGACUGGCAGACGAGCUGUGGACAAGAACCGGCCAUCUGAGGAACAAAAUUUAGUCGAAUGGGCGAGGCGUUACCUUGCCAGCAAACGUAAAGUUGUCCGAAUUUUCGAUGAUCGUCUUGAAGGCCAGUACUCUGUGGGGGUAGCUCUUGGAGCAGCUAACCUUGCAAGCCAAUGCUUAUCAAUAGAACCCAGGUGUAGGCCAAAUAUGGAUGAAGUGGUAAAAGCACUGGAGAAACUUCAGGGAGAAUAUUCAGGACGUGUGCUAGCAGGAAGUGAAAUUAAGGGCCCAAAAACUGGUCACAGAAACCCGGCCCAACGGCCCACCAAAAGUACGUCAUCAGAUGGACUGUCUGAAGACUCAACCGUAGACUCGGGGCUCUUAAAAAUCAGGGUUUCGAAAAUCUUUCCCUUCAGAAAAUUCAGAUCCACAAAAGUACACUUUCUUCGUAGCUCUCUCAUCGUCCGUACGAUUCACUGUGUUCAGAAACUCGCAGUAUUGGAUAUGAGGAGGUACAGCCCACAGUACUAUAGUCCUCCGAGGAGGAGCUACGGCGGCGGCGGAGGAGGUGGGCGAGGAAGAAGCCCCCCAAGAAGGCGCAAGGAACAGAAUAAUGGAAGUCUUUUGGUCCGGAACAUUCCUCUGGAUUGCAGAGCUGAAGAGCUGAGAGCUCCCUUUGAAAGAUAUGGGGAAGUUCGGGAUGUCUACAUUCCCAAGGACUACUAUACUGGGGAACCUCGGGGAUUUGCAUUUAUUCAGUUUGUGGAUUCUUAUGAGGCCGCAGAGGCUCAGUAUCAUAUGAAUGGGAAGAUUUUUGCUGGGAGGGAGAUAUCUGUGGUUGUUGCUGCAGAGACUAGGAAAAGGCCGGAGGAGAUGCGCCAAAGGACUAGGGUUAGAGAGCCAUCAGGCCAUGGGGGAAGACGAUCAUCUUAUUAUGGGCGUUCACGUUCUCGUUCUCGCUCUCCACGCUAUCCAUCAGGUUCUAGAAGUCGAUACCGCUCAAGGUCCUAUUCUCCUGCACCAAGACAGCGAGGCGACUCUAUUUCACCGAGAAGAAGGCACCGAGACAACCCAAGAUCACCCCAAGAUCUUCCAUCACUGCGAGACGGUGAUCAUGAUCGCAGACCAUAUUCUCCAGGUUAUGACAAUGGGGCUGGACCAAUUGAAAACGCCGAUGGGUAUGACAAGAAACCUAUGCGUGAAGAUAAGGACGGAAGAGAUCACUGGAGGUCUCCUGAUAGAGCAUCAAGAUCACCAUCUGGAUCUAGGUCCAGAUCUGCUGAGUUAUCACCUCCGCGCAACAGAUAAGGAAAAAGGCCGCCAUGUGAAUGCACAAACAUUCGUUCGAUAACGUCUGGCAGAUUUUUGAGUAUUUCGGGUUUGUAAUAUCAGUUUAUUGUGCCUGAGUUGUAGGCUUGUGUGCAAACAUUUGGAACAAUUAAAACCUUUGGUUUGGUUUCUUUGGACCGCUAAA